AUGAAUACUAAACAUAAGUUCCCCUAUACCAAGACCGACACCUGGACGUUCAGCUACGUCUGCCCAGACCGUGGUUGGCAUACCCUUCUUGACACCAGGUUCGUCAACAGGCGUGAUGGUUACCUAAGCUCAGACGGGACGUUGGUCAUUCGAGCCAGCGU